AAACAAGUCAGAAAGUUUAUUUUUUUCUUUUUUUGCACUGAAACUAAUAAUCACCAGUGACAAUUACAUGUUAUCUUUCUCUAACAGGGAAAUCCACCAGCAACCAAGAAUGCACGAUUAUGACACAACUUUGCAUAAAAAAUGUCAUGAUAGAAGUAAAUGAGGAAAAAUAUGCUAGUUUGGAGUUUUGAAAAGUUUCAAAUCAUCCUAAAAUAUGUAAAAAAAAAAAAACAAAACAAGAAAACAUUUCCAUUUUCUGAAAAAAAGUAGUGGCCAAAUUAAGACUCAAAAUCACACAAGAGUGGAUGAAAAACACUACUGGGAAGAGACAAAUAUUUCCUGUGUUUACUUGAAUGUCAGCAAAUAAACACCAUAUUAGUUCACAGAUGUCUAACACAGGUUAUGAUUUAAGCAACGAAAUAUUACAUUUCAGUAAAAACUUGUAAAGUAAUAAACUGAUUUCUGAUAGAUCAGCUUACACACGAGAGAAAAGCGCGGGCUGCAGCUGUUUCAGAUUCAAAAUUCGAGAACGUGCAACCAUUGGUCAGAUCUUGUAGCCAAUCUAAUGACUUUGCUAACGCUCCACCCACAGAGAACAAUGCAGAACAGAGUAUAAAUACCAGCUGCGCUGUCACUAACAUUACAACUUUUCUAAAGAGAGCUUAGGAAGUUUGAGGAAAUGGCUAGAACCAAGCAGACCGCCCGUAAAUCCACCGGAGGCAAAGCUCCAAGGAAGCAGCUCGCCACUAAGGCCGCUCGUAAGAGCGCUCCGGCUACCGGCGGCGUCAAGAAGCCUCACCGUUACAGGCCCGGAACCGUGGCUCUGCGAGAGAUCCGCCGCUACCAGAAGUCCACUGAGCUGCUGAUCCGCAAACUGCCCUUCCAGCGUCUGGUCCGAGAAAUCGCUCAGGAUUUCAAGACUGAUCUGCGCUUCCAGAGCUCCGCCGUCAUGGCUCUUCAGGAGUCCAGCGAGGCUUAUCUGGUCGGUCUGUUCGAGGACACCAACCUGUGCGCCAUCCACGCCAAGAGGGUCACCAUCAUGCCCAAAGACAUCCAGCUGGCCCGCCGCAUCCGCGGAGAGCGCGCUUAACUUAUUCGUUAACUUGAUUUAAACCCAAAGGCUCUUUUCAGAGCCACUUCAGUACAUCAAAAAACUGCAAUUUCUUACAAUUUCAGGUUUAUUAUUCCCUAUAUUCGUUAUCAGGAUGUAUAUUAUAUUAAAUGGUAUAACUUUU